AUGGCGGAUAAUAAAGAAGUGGCCAAAAAGGACGAUGAUCGCGAUCCAGAACUCGAUGAUUUGUUGGACAGUGCCUUACAAGACAUGACAAAGAAAGAGCCUUCUGCAGAGCAGGUAUCUACUGGGGAAAGUCAAAAUAUGUGGAGUGAGGAGUUUAUAAAGGAAGCUGCAGCACAAUUUGAAAGCAACAUGGCCACUAUACUUGGCAGUUUUAGUGGUGUGCCUGAGGAUCAAAUCUCACAGGACCAAAUAGCACAAACAUUCUCCAAAAUGGCUGAGGCAGCCGCCCAAGUGCUUAAGCCACAAGGGGAAAGCAACAAUGCACCUGUGCAAGGUGAUCCUGCUGUACAGGGCAAGAUAGAUGAUGUCUCAGCUGCAAUAUCUCAAACUCUGCAGAACCUUAACACCAAUACAGAGAACUUACAAACACCCUUCUCAGAUGCUGACCUUGCAAAUAUGUUUGCGGAAUUCAACUUAUCUGAAGGAAAUCAGGAGGGCAACGCCUUUAUACCUUUCAUGCAAGGAAUGAUGCAGUCAUUAUUGUCAAAGGAGGUGCUCUACCCUUCGCUAAAGGAACUAGUUGACAAAUAUCCCGAGUGGCUUCGGAAUAACAAAGACACCUUGGAUCCAGUAGAAUAUGAAAGGUUCACCCAACAAGAAAAAUUGAUGCGUCAGGUGUGUGAUGAACUGGAACCUGAGCAGGAGUCCGACCCUGAGGAUGUCAAGAAGAGACGUUUUCAAGUUGUCUUGGAGUUGAUGCAAAAGACGCAAGACCUUGGACAGCCCCCCACAGAAUUGGUGGGAGAUAUGGCGGAACCUCCUCCGGGAUUCACCCCCGCUCCCGAUACGAAUUCGCAGUGUUCACUAAUGUAA